AUGACGAAACCACGCAAAUACAAAGCCAAACCGCCCAUCUCACAAUUGGACGAUGUAGCUGCAACACAUCGAAGAGCGCAGAGCUGCAAAGCCCAACGAGCAUACCGACAACGAAAAGAAGACACCAUUGCUACAUUAACAACUCAAAUCUCAGACUUGGAACUUACGAUAGAAAGACUGAGUUGUUGUUUUCUGGGUUUGAAUGAUAGAGUCUUCGAAUAUCUCGGGACAAUAGAGGGAAGAAAUGAUCCAGGGUCUGCAGCGCUGGCCGGGGGCAUCAGAGAUGCAAUGAAAGAGUUCAAGGAGAUUGUUGAAGGUGAAGAUGCGUCAGCGAACAUCACUGAAGCACAGAGAGGCGACAAAGCAGUCCCCCUGAGACCGAAUGACAAGGACCAUUCCUUGCCCGCACAGCAGUUCUAUCCUUCGCCAUCAGCUAGCUCUGGCUGCGACAUACCCCUACAACAGACCCAACCUCAACCUCGACCUCAACAAAAGAUCUUUACCGACAAAGAUCUAGCAGUCAUACCAUUCUCUGGCCCUACAUUCCUCGGCCUCACACCAACAACAGCACCACCUCACCACCCCGCUUCCACCCUUGCCCGCUCCCUCACCCCCGCAACAGCAAUCUCAAAUCACUACGCUCUAGCCGGUCGUAUAUACCACUCGACGGUAACCAAAGGCUUUUCCGUCGUCUAUGAUUCCGGGCCGCCUAGUCCGUUGUUCCGCCGCAUCUUUGCCCUUUUCUUCUGCGGCGAAUCAGACGAGCAGGUCAAGUACAAUGUCACGCAAAUGUUCGAGCGAAGAGUGGUGUGGAGUUGUUUCGAUACCUUGACUGGUAGUGCAAAGGGUUGGUGGUCUUCGUUGCAGGUCGCCGGGUUUGUGCUGGCCCAAGGGGGAUGGUUUGAUGAAGCGCAGGACAAAUUGAUCAUGAGGAGGAGAUCAGGGGGUGAAGUGAGUGCGGACGUCGAGCCAUUGCUUGAUGAGCUUUGUGCUGAUGCGAGAUGUGGGCUCGAAGAUCCCGAGUACAAAGAGGAAAGUGUGAUUCAAACACUCAGGCAAAUUACAGGCUGA